UAGAGCAAUGAAAUCAAGAUCGUGCCUAGAGCUACAUUUUAGAGCGGUGGCGGAGAGUUUCUAUUUUGUUAAAUACUAUUGUUUUCAAUUUUCCCGGAAGCUAGAAUGUGCUUUCCGUACUGGCAGAUCACUGAGGGAUAAACAUAUUUCACCAUUGAUACCCGGUAUGAGAAAUGGGCAUCACAGGCAUAGUAGUACAACACCGGCGGAUGAUCCAUCUCAAUUCCCUGGCGCUAAAGCUCCAUUCGUAUCAGACUUAAAAUUAAUAUUGGAAUCUGAAUACGAUGCCAUUCCUAUUUAUCGUGUUAUGGACAGCGAUGGGUAUAUUGCAGAUAAAACACAGGAUCCCAAUUUGAGUAAGGAGGUAGUGCAAAAGAUGUUCAAUGAUAUGGUUUUGCUAAACACUAUGGAUAAAAUGUUAUACGAAUCUCAGCGUCAGGGACGCAUAUCAUUUUAUAUGACGAAUUUUGGAGAAGAAGCGUCUCAUAUUGGAAGUGCAGCUGCUUUAGAAAUGCGUGAUUUGAUCUUUGGCCAAUACCGAGAAGUCGGUGUACUAGUUUGGCGUGGUUUUCGCAUCGACCAAUUCAUUGAUCAAUGUUAUGGCAAUUGCGACGACCUAGGGCGAGGCAAGCAAAUGCCAGUACAUUAUGGCAGCAAAGAACUAAAUUUUGUAACCAUAUCCAGUCCUUUGUCUACUCAAAUGCCACAGGCUGCGGGAGCAGCAUACGCUAUGAAAUUACGUCCAAAUAAUGAUGCAUGUGUUGUAUGCUACUUUGGUGAAGGUGCUGCAUCGGAGGGCGAUGCUCACGCCGCUUUUAACUUUGCCGCAACGCUCGAAUGCCCAGUUAUUAUGUUUUGCCGAAACAAUGGUUUCGCAAUUUCAACUCCUUCGUAUGAACAAUACAAGGGCGACGGAAUAGCAGCAAGGGCCCAUGGUUAUGGCAUGGCAACCAUUCGUGUGGAUGGCACAGAUGUUUUCGCCGUUUACAAUGCUAUGAAGCUGGCCCGUGAAUAUGUCCUCCGUGAAAAUAAACCUGUUGUGUUUGAGGCUAUGGCAUACCGUGUUGGUCAUCAUUCAACUUCAGAUGAUAGUACGGCUUAUAGAUCAGCAGAUGAAACUGAAGUGUGGAACUCCAAAGAACACCCGCUUUCUAAAUUAAAAAGCUACAUGGUACGGAAAGGCUGGUUCAAUGAAAACGAUGAAAAAGAAUUUGUAAAAGAAGUACGUAAGAAGGUGUUGAAGCAAAAUAAUAUAUCGGAGAAGAAACUUAAACCUAAUUGGAAAGAGAUGUUCGAAGGUGUAUACUACGAAAUACCUCCACAUUUGAUGGAACAAAUGAAGGAAUUGGAAUUGCAUAUCAAAAAUCAUGCGGACCAAUAUCCAACAAAAAGCUUUGAAGCUUAAAUUUCUAUUACAAAUAGCACAUUUCUUAACUGUUAUUUAGCAUUUGGCUGAUUCACCUUAGAGUUUUCCGUAACUACUAUCUGUCAAUAGAUAAUUAACACAGGCUUCGACUUAACUUGUGAUACUUGAAGUGCAUUUAUUAAUUUUAAGAAUGUUUGUAUGUAUAUAAUCCAAUGUCUGAUUAAAAAAAGACGCAUUUAAAUCUCUGGAAAAGGUAUCUAGUAAAAUAAAUAUUUUAUACAAUUGCAUACAAUAAAAUGAAGAAUAUA